GCAAAAGGGGUGGGGCAAGAAGACCCGAAAAUCAAAUAAGGGCCAGAAACUUCUGAGAUAAAGCUCAACCUCUGAGAUAAAAGCUCAGCCGUGACAGACCCGAAUUCAGCAAUAGCUAUAAAAUCCCUAAAAGAUGUAUGCGCUGGUUUGGUCUUUUGGAAGGGAUAUCUCAAAGAAUUUCUACUGCUAGAAAUAAAAGAUGCAGAAAACCUAUCCAAUUUUGUGAAAAGCUCAUAAUCUUGAGUAGCAAAUAGUCAAACUAAGGACUCAAAUAGAAAACAGUAGCUGAGGCAGUUUAUACUCUAUAGCAAAUCGGAAAGAGAGAUAAACAACGACAGAAGAAAGAGAAAAGUUUUCUACUUACUGACCGGAAAACGGAAGAGACGACGAUCGCCGGAGAACUCCACCGGAGAUGGCGAGUUCAUAAUUUAUUACUAACCCGGAAAGUAGCAGUAGUCUCAACGUCUAUAUGUUAGAAGCUAUUAUGCCAAAUAUAAGGGGUUGAUUUCACACUUAGUUGAAACUUGGAGACCCAAAGGAGAAAAAUUUGAGAGAAAAUUCGAAACGUCGUCGUUUGAAGCUGCCUGCAGCGGCAUCAGGGAUUCCCAAUUUUUGUAUCGGCGAAGACCCAUUAACGCGAGUUGGAGCGAAAUGGGUAAAAUUGCGGUUGUGGCGAUGGUAAGUUCAUGGGUAGUAGCUAUAUCAAUCCUCGUCAAUUGCAUUGUGCCUGAUCCUUACAUGGAUGAGAUAUUUCAUAUACCUCAAGUGCAACAGUACUGCAAAGGCAAUUUCAGAAGCUGGGAUCCCAUGAUCACUACCCCUCCUGGCCUGUAUAUUGUUUCACUUGCCCAUGUUGCUUCUUUGUUUCCAGGGCUGUUCUCAAUGAAAGUAGGUGCCUCAUUUUCAGAUGCUUGUUCCUCUUCCAUCCUACGCUCCAGCAAUGGUGUAUUGGCUGUAUUCUGCAGCUUUCUGGUUUACAACAUACUUAACCACCUCAGGCCUUCCCUUAGUGACAGAAAAGUAACUCUUCGGACAGUUGUCCUAGCGUUGUAUCCCCUUCACUGGUUCUUCAGUUUUCUUUAUUAUACAGAUGUAGCAUCACUAACUGCUGUACUGGCAUCAUACCUUAUGAGUCUCAAGAAGAAUUAUUUCUUGAGUUCCGUGGUUGGGGCUCUGGCUGUGCUGAUACGGCAAACAAAUAUCAUAUGGGUCCUUUUUAUAGCAUGCACGGGGGUUUUAGACUAUAUUCUAACUCAGCAGAAAGAUAGUGCUGUAUUGGCUGAAUCUAGUCCAUCACAAGGUAAAGAUGCUUUCUCAGUUUGGAAUCAAGGUGUCGGAACAGGCUCUAACUUAAGAAAGCGCAGAAUCGGUAAUCAGGCAGCUACAUUCAGCUCUUCUGUCCACCAAAUGGUUGCUUCCACAAAGCCUUCCUCAG